UCAAAUUUGAUUAUUUUAUUGGUAAAAAAUGUAGUUUGUAGAAAUAAAAUAAAUAUAAUGGAAAAUCCAAAUUAUGACAUAGGUUUAAAAACUGAAGACGCUGUUGAUAAACUUUGCGAUGAAAUAUCUGCAGUUCUCCAUCAAUACCAAGCAUCACAAAGAUGCAGGAAUUCAAAGUUCUGGUUAAAAGACGCAUUGAGUUAUAAAAGUAAACGUACAACAGUUAAUUUAGUUUCGAUUGUAUUUGCUCUCUGGACAGUGAUUUCUCUAAUAAUAGGAUACGUUCUUGAAGGUGAUAAUUUGGCAGGAUACGAAGCAAUACCGAUUGUAGUAUUAAUGACUGUGAACGUCGUUUUGGAAAUAUACGAUAAUAAAUUUAGGCAGCAAGAAAUACCAAAUCGAGUCAAAUCUGUCUUAGAGAAUUUGAGAAAGCAAAAGAAAAAUUUGAACUGGUCUCUUGAAAACUACGCUGAUAAAUACACCCCAUUUUCACCUUGCAUAACAGUACAGUGGACUUACAGAGAUGGAAAAAUAGUUAACUUACCUUGGGCAUUAUUAGUCCAAGGUGAUGUUAUUGUCGUUAAACCAGGUCAAAUUUGCCCAGGUUAUUGUGAAGCAUUGGAUAAAAACAGCGAAGUCCCCUUGUUACAUGCUAAAGAAAUAUAUGCUCCGACGCUGCAAAAUGCCAAUGAACUUUUCAGCGUUCCGAAAUAUAAAAAACCGUUAGAACCAAAGAAAUUCCGGCUAUUAGAAACACCUUAUUUGAACAACUUGAAGAUAUUUCUAGAACAAGCCUUAGACAGGCCGGUAUCGCAGCUCAAUCAACAAAGGCAUUUAGUAACGAUAAAAAUUGUGGAACAGAUGAUUUUACCAUUCACUUUUGUUUUAGUGUUAGUUAUCAAUUUGUUUAGGUACUUUUACUUCCAUAAGUAUUUCGGAAGAUAUUUAGUUUCAAAUACUUUAUUCAUUGUGCCAUGCAAUGUUAUUCUACCUUUGCUUCCUAUGAUAUUUCCGAUAUUUUGGAAUUUUUCGAAUUACUUUGGCGCCGCCAGGAUAACAACGAUAUUUGAUGCCACUACAAAAUGUGAUAAGACUGUUAAAGAUAUCGAAGGAGACGUUGAAGCAGCCCCCGUUCUUGAAAGUAAACUAGAAAUUAGCAGGAACGAAAUUCUUCGAAAUUUUUUAAAGAUUUUAAAAGGAAAACCGAAAAUACUUACCAGGUCUACUAACAUUUUGCAUGUUCUAGGAUCAGUUACUGCUUUAGGAUGUAUUGACAAAAAAGGGAUUUUAUCUUGGCCUAAUCCCACUGCAGAGAAGAUAUUUUUCCUUCAUAAUCAAAACAGUACUUCUCAUUCAUCAAGCUUAGAUAACGUCAAUGAUUUAUCAAACGAUAUUGACUCCAUGCUGCCUAAUUAUCAACCAGACAGUCCCAAAAGCGCCGUGAUCGAAGUACUCGAUCUCACACAUCACAAUAACGACCCUUUUAAAUUACAUUUCGACGACCAAGAAUGGAGUAAAUAUAUGUCCAAUCUCAAACCUCUCGGUUUGUCAAUCUUGUUGAAUACCUGCAAUAUUGAUACCAAAGAUCAUUAUACCACAUUUUGUUCACAUAUAACCUGCGAAGCGAUUUAUAAUGAAAAUUUAGUGCCUGUUACUAAUAGGAGAUGCCUGUGCGAAUUAGCCAAAGAAAUCGGUUUUGUAGACGAGGCCCAGAAGAUUUUUACCCUCGAAGAGCAACUGUCAUCAUUUAGACAUUUGCAACCUGAAAUGGUGAGGAGGGAUAAUAAGUACGCGCGUUCGUUACAACUAUCUACUAAAUUAAAAUUUCCCUUUCCUCACAUGUUUGCCGUUAUCGUUAAAGAGCUAUCCACUGGCAACAUGCAGCUGCUUUCCGAAGGAACCGCUGAUAUUAUUUUAGAUUCGUGCGUGGACUAUUGGGACGGUCGCGAUUUAAUUCCGUUGUCUAAUACCGAUAGAAAAAGAAUACAAGAUUUCUAUCAGAGAAGCAGCUUGACCGCGUACUGUACUGCUUUUGCUUACAGGCCACUUUCAAAGAACAUAAAUUCGAAGUUAAGCGAAGUGUAUCUAGAAUUUCCUAGUGAUUCCAGGCAUUUGUAUUUAAACCAGAGAAGUCCAACGCCUGUGCAUUGGGAGGUUAAAGGUGUUUUAGAUGCUAAAAUAAAAACGAACCAUUUUUACAGCGCCGAUUCCCUACUUUAUAACGAAUGCCCUGCAGGUGGUGUAACUGAUGCGGAUAGUUGUUUUCAAAUGCAGUGCAACCAGAUAUUCAUAGGCAUGAUAACGAUGCAAUAUCAAGCUUUAAUAGAUAUGGUGCAAUUAAUAGAGCAACUUGAAAGGGCGUGCAUCCGGUUCGUUCAUUUCAGUAAAGAAAAUGAACUUCGUUCGAGAGUUUUCAGCGAAAAAAUGGGCCUGGAGAGCGGAUGGAAUUGCCACAUUUCUUUAUUAAGCGAAAGAAACAGAGGUGAAAAUUCAGGACAAGCUGAUAGUAAUUCUAGCCCACCUCAGCAAAGGCAGAGAUGUAAUGUACAAGGAGUGAGGAAAAUUCCAAACUCACCCCGUGUCGAUGAUAUGACCUUCUUUACUGAUAGUAACCUGGAGUCGUCCAGGACGAUGAGCUUCUCAGCCCCCGGUGCAAUAAACACGGAAUUUUCAACGGUGAAAUUCGGAAAAGAAGUCGAAAAAUUCAACAUCGAACGAAAGCUAUGCGAGCAAAUGGACGAAAACAUCGACGAAAUGAGCAACGAGAGUUCUCCGUUACAACCCGACUGCAACGCUCACGAAUGGCAAUCUUUGAGCAAUCUCACAGAGAGCACCGAGCACAGCGCCCCGAUCAAUUUCGAUAUGAGUAAUAGAGCUAAGUUGCCCAGGGGAAUCGACAAAAUUAGACCCCAUAUCGAAUUAAUCGACAACGUUCCUCUUUUAGUUUCGCUUUUUACCGAUUGCAAUCCCGACGUUACCAGGGAGAUGCUGCAAAUUAUGCAGGAUUACAACGAAGUCGUCUGCAUUUUGGGAUCGGCGGAGAAUUGCGAAAAUGCCGGCGUUUUUAUGCAAGCUGACGCAAGUAUUUCAGUGGAACCUCUAUAUCCUCAAGUGUGCCAAAAGCUGAAACCUUUUAAACAACAUGCUAACGGAUUGGGUCCGAUUGAUUUAUCAGUGCAAUUGAACUCCAUACCUUGCUCAUUGUCGUUUAAGAGGGAUUCCCAGCUUCCUAUUUACAGGUUAAUAUUGGAAUCCAGGAAUUUUAUAACUUCAAUUUGGAACUCUGGGCAAUUCUGGUUGUGCUGCUGCAUAGCGUUAAGCUUGUUGCAAGUAAUUUCCGCGGUACUUAUGCUGCCGGGUCUGCUGACUACAGGACAAGUUUUGUGGUUUUCUUGUUUAGUUGUUCCGUUGAUUAGUAUAUCAUUGAUGGCAAGGCCGAUUGAUCCAGACGUGAUGAAAAAACCACAAGGAAAAAAUCAAAAUUUAACGAAUUGGCAUGCUGCUAUUUUUAUACUGUGGUGUUAUGGUUCCAAAUUUAUGGUGAUGUUUUUCGUUGUAUUGGUAUGCUAUAUUGGUAUAUUAACCGAUCAUUGCGGCCAAAUAUGUGCGGUUCUUCCUAAUUGUACUUGCGCUUUCUUUUACAAUCCUGUUAUAUUGACCGAAUCGGUAUCGAUGGGCGGUUGGGAUGAAAACGAGUGGACUCUUUUGGUGGCUCGUUUGAUAAUAAGCUUUAUCAUUUUACUACAUUUCGUCGUGAUUUCUAUUGGAUUUGUGCACCGUGAUCAUCUGGUUUAUCAAAAAUCGCCGCAUAAAAAUUCGUACUGGUUGUUUGCCAUCUUUAUAUUGAUCGUAUUACAAUCGACCUACACGUUAGGCAUGUACUAUAAAAUCGUGGACACUGAAGGAAGUAACAAAGAAUUUGACAUACCUUUGUGGGUUAUUAUUUUCGCGGCUUUAUCUCCCCUCAUUGUUUUCAUCGUUAACGAGUGGACAAAGAAACAAGAGAUCAUGGUUAAAGAGCGGUUUCUGAAAAGAGCUCGACUAGACUUUGGUACAAAAUUAGGAAUGAAUUCACCAUUUUAAUCUGUGGUGAAAUGAAUUAUAUGAAGUUUCCACGUAUCAUAUAUCACUGCCAAAAAUAUUUAUUGUUAGUCAACAAGAUCAGAAGGAGAAUUGUAUAAGGAAAUAAUAUAAAAUUCUACAGUAUAAAUUGACCAGUAUUUAUCGCUAUUAUUUAUUAAAAACGAUCGAGUAUUGGCCAUUUUAUGCAUAUUAUAAUGUGUUUACGAAUAUAUUAUAGUAUUCUUGGUUAUUAAUUAUUGUAAUAUAGUAUUUUUGUGUACAUCAUAUACUUACUAACAUAGUAGAAUAUCAAGUAGAUAUUGUAUUGUGUGUCGUUAUAAUAUUUGUUGUAAAUUUGAGUUUGAUUCUUUUGAGUCCAUGUACAUUUUUAAUUACUGUAUAUUUACUAAACUAUAAGACUGGAAUGUUGUAAAUAAACAAUUUGCCUAAAAU